AUGGACGCGACGCCGCCGCCCGAGAGCUUGCGGCUGAGUUGGGUGUACGGCUUCCGCGGCUAUGACACGCGUCGCACCGCCCUCUGGUCAUCGGCCGACGAUGGCUUCGUCGUGUACACCGCCGCGGCGCUCGUCGUCAGCACAACGCAGGCGCACUUCAAGGAGCACACCGACGAUGUCCUCGGCCUUACCGUUCACCGCGGCCGCGGCGGCCGGAUGCGCAAGCCGACCAUCUGGGUGUGGGACGCGCGUAGCCUUGAGGUGGUGGAAAGGUCCAUCGUCUUUACGGGGUGCAACCUCGGGUCAUGUCGGGUCGUUUCGGCUCAGGUGCUCAAGGGGCCACUCGUCUUCACGGGCUGCAACCAGCGAUGGGUGUCGCAGCUCGCAUUCACCCCGUCGGGCGACACGCUCUGCUCGGUGGGUGCCGACGACGACCACCUCCUCGUCCUGCGCUCCUCGGACAGCUCCGCCUCGAGCUUUUCUUCCGCGAGCCUGCGCAACACGCGCGCGAAGCACGGCGAGGCGCCCGCGCGGCUGGUGCUCGUGGGGAAGGGCUUUGCGCGCGUCUACCGCACCGAGCUGCUGCCCGACAGCCACGGCACGCGGCUAGCGCUGCCUGGCCGCGAGCGCGCGGCUGCCCUCCUCUCGGUCGGAUUCGGGCAGGAGGGCGAGUGCGUCGUCGGCUCUGCCACGGGCGCGCUGCACGCCUUCGAGCUCGAGACAGGCAGGCUGGUCACUUCGGUCAAGGGCGCCCACGCCGGGCCUGUUCACGUCGUGGCCGAGGGGCCAGGCGGCCGCCUGCCCUCGAUGGCGCCGUCCGACUCUGGUCGCGCGCGCUUGAGCCCAUCCUCGAGCGAGCCGCCGCCCCGAGGAAACCGGGCAUGA